CGGAAGUGGCGUCCGGCAGGGAGGGGUUCUUUACCCGGUCAGGCAGCUGAAGCUCGGCGCUUGGGUUACCCCUGCAGCGACGCCCCCUGGUCCCACCGCUACCACUGCUGCUCCCGCCCCUUCACUCCUCGGCCGCGCCAUGGGCACCCGCGACGACGAGUACGACUACCUCUUCAAAGUUGUCCUUAUCGGAGAUUCUGGUGUUGGAAAGAGUAAUCUCCUGUCUCGAUUUACUCGAAAUGAGUUUAAUCUUGAAAGCAAGAGCACCAUUGGAGUAGAGUUUGCAACAAGAAGCAUCCAGGUUGAUGGAAAAACAAUAAAGGCACAGAUAUGGGACACGGCUGGGCAAGAGCGAUAUCGAGCUAUAACAUCAGCAUACUAUCGUGGAGCUGUAGGUGCCUUGUUGGUUUAUGACAUUGCUAAACAUCUCACAUAUGAAAAUGUAGAGCGAUGGCUGAAAGAACUGAGAGAUCAUGCUGAUAGUAACAUUGUUAUCAUGCUUGUGGGCAAUAAGAGUGAUUUGCGUCAUCUCAGGGCAGUUCCUACAGAUGAAGCAAGAGCUUUUGCAGAGAUAUACCGCAUUGUUUCCCAGAAGCAAAUGUCAGACAGACGUGAAAAUGACAUGUCUCCAAGCAACAAUGUGGUUCCUAUUCAUGUUCCACCAACCACUGAAAAUAAGCCAAAGGUGCAGUGCUGUCAGAACAUAUAAGGCGUUUCUCUUCUCCCAUAGAAGGCUGUGUAUAGUCCAUUUCCCAGGUCUGAGAUUUAAAUAUAUUUGUAAUUCUUGUGGUCACUUUUGUGUUUUAUUACUUCCUCAUCCUUAACAAAUUUUCUGUGUUUUAAGUCUGAUUUUAGCUUUAUAAAAUCAUCCAUUUGUCCCGAAUGACUGCAGCUUUUUUUCAUGCUAUGGCUUCACUAGCCUUAGUUUAAUAAACUGAAUGUUUGGAUUCUUCAAUGAUUGUUUCCUUUUCAUCAUGGAAACCUGUCACUGUAGGACAUAAUAGAACUUGAUCACUUGAAGCUCAGACCUGUUGGUCUUGAUCAAAUCAAGCUAAGAAGACUUUAGAAAUAAGCUAUCAUUUUGCCACAGAGCAGCUUACAAUUCAUGCACUCUUCUCUCAGUGCGUUAUAUAUUACCACAAAGCUAAGGAUUGCCCUAUAAGCAUAGCAGGAUUUUGAGAGCUUGAAAAUUUUCCAUUAUUCUGGAAGUCACUUUCUAAAAUGCCUUAAUAGGGUUAUGUACUUUUUGUAAGCAUCGAAGUUGAUUCGAGAGGGCACCUUUUUUUCUGGGCAAGAAUUAUCUUAAUAAACACAGAAGAUUGUAUUGUGGUUUUCAGUUGUGUUAUGGUUAUGGGUUCUGGAGGCUGGGAAUUGGAGAGACUGAUGGAGUUCUACCUGAGGUGCUUCUGUUGGAAUGAUCAGGCAGCCUAAGUUUAAUGAUAAGUCAUCUAAUUUAUCUAAUAUCCCAGCAGUAGAUUAGGUGGCAUUUUAUUGCUCAGGCAAUAACUGGUUUAAUGCUCUUAGUAUCAAAUUGUGAAGUGGUAAUUUUUGUCUCAAAACCUUCCAUUAAAUGAAAUGCAACCUAGUUUAUCACCAUAUUCACCAGCAGGCAUGGAUAAUUCUUUUAAUAAUGCUGAUUGUUUAGUUUUGCAGUAUAUUAUGGAAUAUAGUCCAGUUAAAUAUCUGGUUUCAGUAUGUCAAAAGAAUACAGUGAGAGGUUAAUUUCUACUCAAGUAGUAUCACUUAACGGCAUGUAUUCUUUUAGUACUUAAGAUGAAAUAGUACUUUGAGUUUAAAUAGAAUGCAUUUAGGCCAUUAUACAGACCUGAAAUAGUAUUCUUCCACUACAUUAUUGAAAUCAAUGGAGCAACUAGUUUCUCAUUCAAAAAUGUGCACACUAAUAUUUAGUUUUACUUUCUUGUGGAUAAUAUUAAGCACUUACUCUGCAGUGUUCUGAAAGUUGUGUCAACUGAAGUGAUUCUAUUCAGGAUGGUGGAAUAUCCCCAAAAUAUAUAUAUGUGUGGGAUUGCAUAGAUUACUAUGUUUCACAGUUAAUCUCCUGUCUUUUGCGAUGCUCAUGAUGUGUGGGGCACACUGAAGGCAUUGCUGUGGUUUGUCAUUUUGGUUUUCUUAUUUUAGUGUAUUAGUAUGAUAACUUAUCUGUUUGUAAAUCACUACUUUGUAUUUUAUGCAUGCUCUGUAACUUGGCUUUUUUUUUUUAGUUAUUGAUUUGGAAUAUAUUCAUAUUCUAAUAAACAGUUAUAGGGGGACUAUUCUUUAUGUUGUCAGAUUACAUUUUCCCUUUGCUUUGGAUAUAGUCAUAGAAUAUUUGAUUCUAAUGAAUGAGAUAUUAUAGGUUCUUGCAUUACAGAGUAAACAUGGAGUUGGAGGCACCAUUGUGUGAAUUCAGCUUUGGUUUUAGACAUGUAGUUCAAUUGUGCUUUUCUUGGAAAAAGUAUUACCAGAAAUACAAAGGACGUAAUUAAUCUCUGUACUUUCAUACAUAACCCUGUCACUAGACCCAGGAAGAGGCUCCAUUGCUCCUUAUUUUACUGAAAAUUAGUAGUCAGUUUUUUACAAAAUUAUUUAAGAGAAGGAAAAAAUAGGUAGUGAAUUGAAAAUGAUAAAGUAACUGAAUUUUUAUCAAGUAUAGACUUAAUGUUGCUUUGGGCAUGGUUGGAUCUUGGGAGCAGUACAAGAAACCAGAAGUAAUAGAAAAUGGCUUUGAUUGCAUUUCAAGUAUCUUCAUCCUGAACAGUAUCUCAUGAGACAAACUGUUUCAAGUAAGAAACAUUAAAUUUUAAAAUAUGACAGUUAGGACCCAAGGCAGUUUAGUAGAAAUAUUUUGCUGCUUGACCCUACUUUUUAGUUUUUUUAACUUUGAUUUUUUUAAAAAUUUAUUAUAUUCUCCUGAAAAUUCAGCCAUCUUGACUUGUUAAACUUCUUUGUAAAUGUUCUCAAGUGCUAUCUAUGAUUUCUUUUUAAUAGGAGUUACUACUCUGUAAGAGUAAGUUUUUAAAUUUAGCCAUUGCAUUGAGUAUGCUAAAUUCUAAGAAUACUAGCUGGUGAGUUAUGCCAGAAGUUUUUUAAGUUCUGAAGGGUUCUGCAGGAAAGUUAAACUUAAGGGUUUGGAUUGCCCAUUAAAUCUAGGCAUAUUUAUUUAAUCAUUGGGAAAAUGAACAUCUUAAAUUUUUGUUUUUAUUGA